UUAUUUUCGCCGACACACACAAACUCACACACUCAAUGCUCUUGUGCUGCUUUUGCUUAUGAUAUUCUCUCUCUUCAUUACAUUCACCAAGCUUCGAAUCUCCAAUAUCUGUCCCUUUCUUUAAUGGCCUUGCCUUGUACAACCAGUCGCGAUCUGAAACUCAACUACUACGGUACUGCUGCUUCUACUUCUACCCCCAUUCUCCUCUUCUUUUUCUUCUUUUCAAUCUCUUUCGUCUCCAUGAUACUCUGCAUGUGCCUCUCCGCACCUGAACCACGCUUCUGACUGCAAUGGCUCGUGCCCGUUUCCCUCUUUCAAUCCUUCUCUCUCUGGUCUUCGUUGCUCUUCCUCUUUCCCUCGCCAACACUGACCCUUCUGAUGUUCAAGCUCUUGAGGUCAUGUACAAUGCGUUGAAUAGUCCAACUCAGCUAACGGGUUGGAAAAUCGGUGGUGGUGAUCCAUGUGGAGAGUCAUGGAAAGGGGUAACGUGUGAGGGAUCAGCCGUUGUUUCCAUUAAACUCUCAGGUUUAGGACUCGAUGGGACUCUGGGGUACCUGCUUUCGGACCUUAUGUCACUCAGAGAGCUUGACUUAAGUGAUAACAAGAUCCAUGAUACAAUUCCCUACCAGUUGCCACCGAAUCUUACGAGCCUGAAUUUUGCAAGAAAUAAUUUAUCUGGAAAUCUUCCUUAUUCCAUUUCUGCCAUGGUUUCACUCAAUUAUUUGAAUUUAAGCAAUAAUGCACUCUCCAUGACAGUUGGCGAUAUUUUUGCUAGUCUUCAAGAUCUUGGUACCCUGGAUCUAUCUUUCAAUAACUUUUCUGGGGAUCUUCCUCCUUCAUUUGUUGCAUUGGCCAAUCUUUCUUCUCUUUUCUUGCAGAAGAACCAGUUGACUGGGUCUCUUGGUGUUCUCGUUGGUUUGCCUUUGGAUACUUUAAAUGUUGCAAACAAUAAUUUCAGUGGAUGGAUACCCCAUGAGCUUAGUUCCAUCCGUAAUUUCAUAUAUGAUGGAAAUUCAUUUGAGAACAGUCCUGCUCCUCUUCCGCCAGCAUUUACUUCACCUCCUCCCAAUGGACCUCAUGGUCGUCAUCAUUCUGGAUCUGGUUCACAUAAUAAAACACAAGUUUCUGAUAAUGAAAAAUCUGAUGGCCAUAAGGGUUUGACAGUGGGGGCUGUCGUAGGCAUUGUUUUAGGUUCAGUGCUGGUGGCUGCCAUUGUGCUCCUUGCUCUUGUUUUCUGUAUCCGAAAGCAAAAGGGGAAAAAGGGUGCAAGAAAUUUUAGUGGGAGCCUUCCUCGUGGAGUUAUUAACGUAACUCCUCAGAUGCAAGAGCAGAGGGUAAAAAGUGCUGCUGUUGUUACAGAUCUCAAGCCUCGUCCUGCAGAAAAUGUGACAGUUGAGAGGGUAGCUGUAAAAAGUGGAUCUGUAAAGCAGAUGAAGUCCCCUAUAACUUCCACAUUAUACACAGUUGCUUCUCUCCAAAGUGCAACAAAUAGCUUUAGUCAAGAAUUUAUUAUUGGUGAAGGUUCUCUUGGCCGAGUUUACAAGGCUGAUUUCCCAAAUGGGAAGGUAAUGGCUAUUAAGAAGAUCGACAACUCAGCUCUGUCAUUACAGGAGGAAGACAAUUUUCUUGAAGCUGUUUCUAAUAUGUCACGCUUGCGGCACCCAAGCAUUGUGACAUUGGCUGGAUAUUGUGCAGAGCAUGGCCAACGACUUCUAGUUUAUGAGUAUAUAGCAAAUGGAAAUCUGCAUGACAUGCUCCAUUUUGCUGAAGAUAGCAGCAAGGCAUUGUCUUGGAAUGCCCGUGUACGCAUAGCACUUGGCACAGCCCGGGCUUUAGAGUACCUGCAUGAAGUGUGCUUGCCUUCUGUUGUACAUAGAAAUUUCAAAUCUGCAAAUAUAUUACUCGAUGAGGAGCUCAAUCCUCACCUGUCUGACUGCGGUUUAGCUGCUUUGACACCAAACACUGAGCGACAGGUAUCAACUCAGAUGGUCGGUUCAUUCGGUUAUAGUGCUCCUGAGUUUGCAUUAUCAGGAGUAUACACUGUAAAAAGUGAUGUUUACAGCUUUGGGGUGGUUAUGCUGGAACUAUUGACUGGUCGGAAGCCACUUGACAGUUUGCGGGUUCGAUCGGAGCAGUCACUUGUGAGGUGGGCUACACCCCAACUCCAUGAUAUAGAUGCCUUGGCCAAAAUGGUUGAUCCUACUUUGAACGGCAUGUAUCCUGCAAAGUCACUGUCACGCUUUGCUGAUAUCAUUGCCCUCUGUGUUCAGCCGGAACCCGAAUUUCGACCUCCGAUGUCUGAGGUGGUGCAAGCAUUGGUUCGGUUAGUGCAAAGAGCAAGUGUGGUUAAAAGACGACCCAGUGAAGAAUCUGGUUUUGGUCACAAGACCCCAGACCAUGAGGCCAUGGACAUGCCAUUUUAAAUGUUAGUGCCUUUAAGUGAUCUUUUACAAUUUUGUGCAGUAGCCCGGCUAAAAAAAUUACUACUACAGAACACAGGAAGGAAGGAGUAGAAAAAGUUUGUGAAAAUGUAUCAUCAAUCAAACAAAUUACGUGUUGGAAUUUUUCACACACCAUUUAAUACUCUGGAAAAUAAGCUGUAUAUUUUAAUUAACUUGCAAUGCUGUAAUAUAAUGUAAUUUAAUUGAAAGCCCAUUAUUGUUUCUA